ACACCUGCAGGGAUGGCACAGGUGAAGGCAGCAGGGGAUGCUGCGACCGGUCUGCAGGAUUACUCAGAGGUGUACUCGGACAUGGCAACCGUCAGCUCCAGCGCGGACGUUAGAGAGCCAGUGCGGAAAGGGGCUUUGGGGGAGACCUCCAUGUCAGCGGGAGUGACCAGGCGGCAGAGGAGCUACCCCUCCCCGGCCAGGAGGCGCCACCGCACCACCUUCAGCCACAGGCAGCUGGAGCAGCUGGAGCUGGCCUUCGGGCAGAACCAGUACCCGGACAUCUACUGCAGGGAGGAGCUGGCUCGCAUCACCAAACUCAACGAGGCGCGCAUACAGGUUUGGUUUCAGAACAGAAGAGCCAAACAGCGCAAGCAGGAACGGGCAUCCAGGAAGGUUCUUCGAGGGGGCGUCGUGUCGGGCCCCAGGGGCCUGUUGGGCGGCGUGCACCUCCAGCCAUCCGGCGUGUCUCGACAGUACUACUCGCAGCCACUUCCUCACAUUCCCCAUAUGUCCCCCAUGCUGCCCACCGGGGCUUACUCUCGCCACCCGGGCCCCGUCAGCCGGUGCCCGUGCCCCAGUGUCCCACCACCGCCACCGGCGCAGCACGACGACUGGUACAGUCCGCUGAGGGGGAACCUCGCUUCACCCAUGUUCUCACUGGCCCCCAUGCAGCCGCUGGAGCCAGCCUCCCACUGGAACUGAGGUGUUCAAAUAAAGAGUGUAAAAAAAUCAAGCUGUGUCCUUAUUCACAUUAAUGAUACUGUUA